GCUGUACAUGUAAAGGUGAAUUACACCGUGAUUUAUCCUAACUGAUCUAUAAACUGACUUUUCUUUUUAACUUCUAGGUCACUGGGAAAACCAUGCAUGUUUGAAUUGCACAUUCCCAGGCCUCAUAAACCCUGCGCCUGUUCGUUUCCAAUAUUGCACUAGUACCUCCUCCGUUUAUAUUUACGCUGCGAGAGACGCUUAUAGUUGGAGUGAAGGAUCAGACAAAAGAGACUUUACGGCAUUGAGAUCAGUUGACUUGCAGUCCCUGUGUCCUAAUAGAGGUAAUUUGGGUCCACAUUAUGUUUCAAUCCGGAAGUGGCACUCUUCACAACCCAGGUAUGAUGAUUCCAUGGUAGAAAAAUCACUGAAGUCCCUCAAGGAUAAAAAUAAGAAGUUAGAAGAAGGAGGCCCUGUGUAUAGUCCAGCGACAGAAGAAAGCAUUGCUAAAAAGUCACUUGGGCAGAGGAUUGUCGACGAAUUGAAGCACUACUAUCAUGGCUUUCGUUUGUUGUGGAUUGAUACAAAAAUUGCUGCGCGGAUGCUCUGGCGGAUUCUUCAUGGCAACACCUUGUCCCGGCGAGAAAGAAGACAGUUCCUUCGGAUAUGUGCAGAUCUCUUUCGGCUGGUCCCCUUCCUAGUCUUUGUGGUGGUUCCGUUCAUGGAAUUCCUGCUGCCUGUAGCCUUAAAGCUGUUCCCUGGUAUGCUUCCUUCAACGUUUGAGACAAAAUCUAAGAAGGAAGAGAGACUGAAAAAGGAAUUAAGAGUGAAGCUGGAAGUGGCUAAAUUUCUUCAAGAUACAAUUGAAGAGAUAGCCUUAAAAAAUAAAGCAGCCAAAGGAAAUGCUACUAAAGACUUUUCAGCCUUCUUUCAAAAGAUCCGUGAAACCGGUGAAAGACCAAGCAAUGAAGAAAUUUUGCAGUUCUCUAAACUGUUUGAAGAUGAACUAACGCUUGAUAAUCUCACCAGACCACAGCUGGUUGCUCUUUGCAAACUACUAGAACUUCAGUCAAUUGGCACAAACAACUUCCUUCGCUUCCAGCUGAUAAUGAGGUUGCGAUCUAUCAAAGCAGAUGAUAAACUAAUAGCCGAGGAAAAUGUGGACAGCCUGACGGUGAAAGAGCUGCAGGCAGCCUGCCGCGCCCGGGGGAUGAGAGCGCUGGGCGUCACCGAAGAACGCUUGAGGGAGCAGCUCAAGCAGUGGCUAGACUUGCACCUGAAUCAGGAAAUCCCGACGUCGCUUCUCAUUUUAUCCAGAGCCAUGUACCUUCCAGACACGCUUUCUCCAGCUGACCAGCUUAAAACAACCCUGCAGAUACUCCCUGAAAGUGUGGCCAAAGAAGCUCAAGUGAAAGCUGCAGAAGUGGAAGGAGGAAAAGUUGACAAUAAAGCCCGACUGGAAGCAACUCUCCAGGAAGAAGAAGCGAUUAGGAAAGAAAACCAGGAGAAGGAGCUUGAAAGGCUUUCAGAAGCCGCCGAGAGGGCCAAGGAGACGCUUCAGGUUGCUGAGAGGAAGGAGGUGGAAUCGACACUGGAAAUUGGCGCUUCGGCGGCUCCUCUAGAGAAAAGCCAGGUGGCGGUCGACGCUGAGCGAGAGCUGGCGAAGGUGGAUCUGGCCCUGCAUUCAGAGACGCUGAAGGACACCGCUCCAGUGCUAGAGGGCAUUAAGGGCGAAGAAAUAACCAAAGAAGAGAUUGAUUUGCUGAGCGACGCUUGCACUAAAUUAAAGGAACAGAAGAAAUCACUGGCCAAGGAGAAGGAGGAGCUGGAGGAGCUGAAGGACGACAUGCAAGAGUACAGUGAGGAUGUGCAGGAGAUCAAGGAGUUGUCCAAGGCUGGAGAGGAAGAAAUAGUUGAAGAAUCUAAAGCGAGCAAGAGGCUGACCAAGCGGGUGAACCGCAUGAUCGGGCAGAUCGACAGGCUGCUUGGGGAGCUGGAGGCGGACCAGAAGGUGGUGGACGGGCAGCUGCACCGUGACGAGAGCCCCCCCAUCGGGGAGAGUCUCGUCAGCAUCAGCGAGCUUAUCAGUGCGAUGAAGCAGAUCCAGAAGAUCCCCGAAAGCAAGCUGAACCGGCUGGCCGAAGCCCUGGAUGAAAAUAAGGAUGGGAAAAUCGAUAUAGACGACCUGGUGCAGGUGGUGGAACUGAUCGAUAAAGAAGAUAUUGAUAUUUCUACUAACCAAGUAGCAGAAAUCAUGUCACUGCUGCAAAAGGAAGAAAUGCUAGAAGAAAAAGAGAAGAUUAAAGAAAAGGCUGAGAAGGAAGCUGCAGAAGUGAAGAAUUAGUUUUCAUCUGAUUCCAGUCCUGAAUUCUUGUUUGUGAGAUGAGAAAUAUCAGUGAUCGAUUGGUAAAUCAAGAUUAAAAAUAUUUAUUUGGAGAUGCAGAAAGAGAUUUAUGUGAUCAAACGCAGGCAAGUAUCAUUCCACAAAGAAAGAAUCGCUUCGGUCUUUCAAGGAUAUUCCUCCUUGUGGAACUGAGUGCACCGAUUGGUGGACUGUACAGAUUUGGUACACUUUCGUUAAAGAUCAUGUCACAAAUUAGGAAUUCCCGUGCUUGGCAAAGUGGUAAGCAUCUGUGCAACAGAACUGCUGGUAAAGAGACGUAAAAAGAUUUCUAUAAUCCCAUCUCAUUUUUAUAUCAAUUAAGUUUUUAAAGCAACUUAUCCAGACCACUUCUGAAACCGCUGUCAUUAUUUGGCAUAAUACACAGAGCUAUGUUGUAUCCAGAGAUGCUCUUUAGCCCCGCAGUCCUGGUGCUUGGACAGUUUCUCAACAUGAGACGUAUCAACCUGUAUCAGUGGGCAAGCAAGAAGAGGGCACGCAGCACAGGUGUUUCGAAAGGCGCACAUCAAUUUCUCGCUUGGCCGCGGUCCUCGCCAUCACGAUGGUCUCCACCCGUUUCCGCAGCCGCUCGAGCCUCCUAGAAACGCGUCUGCCAUGUUAAAGGCCACCGAGUACCUGCUGCAUCUUACCAUCCUCCACUUUCCACCUGGAAGGCGGCCCGUGGGAAUCUGCAGGCGGGGGGCGGCCGAGGGACGGGCUUUGGGAGGCUUCUGAGCCUUGUCAGCCCGUGGCCCUCUGCCUAAGGUUGGUAUUUCCUUCAGCAGCAAUGUGUUCAUUACCAGCGGCUUCCCUGAAGGUUGCCCUUUUAGGCUGAGAAUUGCCCUUUGGCAAAGUCAACUGCAUUUAUGGAAUUAAAGCAUGGAAGAAUUGAAUCUGCAAAGGUUUCAAAAUGUAGCUCUGAACUGGCAUCUAAAUCACAUGUUGAAUUUCUGGAAAGGAAAACCGACACUUGAUUUAUCUUGUUAAUUUGACACUCUGGAAACCAUUUUUUCUCUGUACCUGAAUGCUGCUCAUAAUGUAAUGGAUGUUUCCAAUCGCUUAAAUUUUAUUUUGAGUGUGACCCCACCCAGUAAAGUGGAAACAUCAUGUAAACCUUUUCAUUGCUUUACUUGCUGCAGGAUUGGUAAAAUCUGAUAAAAGUCAUCACUCAAUGUUUAGUUCUCAUUUUUGUUUGAUUCUUUCUGCUGUGUGUUCCCUAUUAUGUAACAGUAUCUGGGACGUCAACACAGGCUGGGUAGCCGAGCUUUGAUACGGGCUUCCCCUUAAACUUCCAGUAAUGCCAAGGGCAUUUUCAGGUCCAUAUCCCAGGAAGGAAGUUACUCUGAGAUCAGUGAUGCUUAAUUGUGAGAAGCUGAUUUUUGUAAAAUCCAGGUUAAUUUUUGUUGCAAAUUCUAUUAACCGUAGUAUUAUGGACUGACUUGAGUCCAAAGAAGAAGCAUUCAUGUUACCUGACUUUCCUGUAUCUAUUUCUGUGAUGCAGAAAGGACACUGGCGGCUGACUGCUAACUAUUUUUAUGCUUAAGUUUUGAUCGACUGAUGCCAUCCGAGAGGGUCUGGAGGAGCGGAUUUCUCCUGACUUUGCAGUUGGGCUGGUCCAGCACUUUGAAAUUGACCGCCUGACACAAGCCUGGUUUCUCGCUCAGGACGGCUUGGGCAUGGGCGUGCAAAGUCAGCACAUGCGCUCUGUGUUCCGGAGACCUUUGAGGGACUGGAAGGAGUGAUGAUCUCGGCUUUUAAGCCGUGUGUUCUAACUCUGCGUACUCUUCUUGUGGCUUGGGCACAUGUAUUGCCCCCUUCCCUGCUCCCCCGGGGAUUAUGCAGUAGGGAUUGUGACUGGAAAGCGCCAGGUUAUAAACCCUAAAACUUGGACAUGUGUAAGGAGGAAAAGCUCAGUUGCACUGCGGUGGCCUUGUAUGGACAGACAGUGAAUUAUGCUGGCGUUACUUGGGGAAAGCCUCUUGCACUCCAUGGCCUAUCAUUCAGGGGAAAGCUCCCUCAAACCCCUUAGAAGCAUCUCCAGAAAGACUCUGUGCCCAUGCAUGCAAACCCCUGAACAGGAAUAUGAAAAAUGCAGUUUCCUAACAUCAUCCCCUAGAGUGCUUGGAAGUGGAGGGGAGAGCUAAAGCCCUGGUCGAGGGAAGGAGGACUCAGACCCGGGCAAGGACAUGCCAUCCCGGGAAGCUGGCUCGGCCUCCUCCUGGAGACUGAUCUCGAGGGCCGGGAUCCGUGCCACAGAUAGUCUGGAGCGCCGCAUCCCUGCUGAUGAGUCCACUAGCACCGAGUCUCGGGACCAGGCUGGCUGGCACCAGAGUAGUCAAGAAAUUUCAUGUGGACGGUGGGGAUUAUAACGACCACUAUGCGUUACUUUUUCCGGAAUGGAGUUUUAUUCCAUUUGGAAAGAGAUUGUACCAUCAUGAGUAGUACAAUGUCAAUGUGUAUUUAAACAUAAAAAUGAAAAGCUGGCGGUUUUGUGCGUGUUUCCUCGUAUGUAAAAUCUUUGUAUCUGCCUAAGGUUAUGUUGUUGCAUAAAACAUGAGUCAAUAAAAGUAUAGCUUACCCCACCUUUUAAACUUUUUGAUUAUUUAAGAACAAGAUGUUUGGGUGCAUAUAAUAAGCUGGACAAAACCUGUUCUUGACUGUGGUCUAAACCGUGGCUUGAUGUGCUGCGAAAUAAAGUUUUGGGUGUUUUCUAGGCA